UCUUUUUUUUUUUUUCCUUUUUAGCAAAUGGAAAUUGAUGCCGAGCAAUCUUUUAAGCAACCGCUUGAAGAUUUCGAAGAGAUUGAUACGUCAUUAAAAAAGCCUAAAUUGGAAUUGAAAGAGAAUGUGUCUCUACUUGACCGUGGCAAUGCGAUUAAAAAGCAGCCACAGACACCUUCUACCACUAAUAUGACACGCGAUCAAAUAAAAUAUUGUGGAGCAAUUAUGAGGAAUUUAAAGAAGCACAGAGAUGCUGCCCCUUUUUUACAACCAGUUGAUUACCUGAAAUUAAAUAUACCUGAUUACCCAAAGAUUAUCAAACAUCCUAUGGAUCUUUCCACAAUUGAUAAAAAAUUGAAUUCAGGACAGUAUGAAAAUGUUGAGCAGUGGAUUUAUGAUGUCAGACUUGUCUUCAAUAAUUGUUUUAAAUUUAAUGGACCUGAGGCUACCAUAUCUAUGCUUUGUCAAAACGUUGAAUCAGCUUUUGAAAAGAGUUUGAGGCAAAUGCCUCCUAAUAAGAAUAGUAACGCGAUAUCAAGAUCUGCUUCUCCUUAUGUUGAAUAUGAUGAAGAUGACUUUGACGAUGAAGGAUCAGCCAAAAAAAAGAGAAAGAAGAAUCCCAAAUUGAAUCGCCGUUUGUCCGAUGAUGGAAGACAGAAGCGAAAGGUCCAUCCUCCUCCAUCCAAAGAUUAUCCCGAAUCAAUCACCAAAAGACGUAAUCCAAGAAAGAAUGACAUACAAAUGAAAUUCUGUGCUCAAACGUUAAAGGAAUUGAAAAAGAGCAAGUAUAGAGAUAUCAAUUACCCAUUCUUACAGCCUGUGGACGUCGUUGCCCUCAAUAUUCCUGAUUAUGUAGAAAUUAUUAAGCACCCUAUGGACUUAUCGACUAUUGAAAAGAAAUUGAAUGAUGGAGAAUAUGAUGAACCCGAGGAUUUUGAAAAGGAUAUUAAACUUAUGUUUAACAACUGCUACACCUACAACCCUCCUUCCUUACCUGUACACAAAAUGGGACGUCAGUUAGAAAAGGCUUUUGAUGAGAAAUGGGCUCAGAGACCACCAAAAACAGAGCCUGCACCGUUGAUUGAUGAUGCUCCCGAAGAAGAGUUUGAUGAAGUGGUUGAAGAUGAUGAUUCAGAGGAUGAACGGGAUCAAAAGAUUGCAGAAUUGGAACGUCAUAUUGCUACCAUCUCUCAACAAAUUGCUUCUAUCAAAUCACAAAAGAGAAAGAGAGCAGCAGAAAAAGCUCGUAGGGUUAGCGGUUCAAAUAAGGCAAUAAAAGAAAAGAAACCAGUCAAGGAAAAGAGAAGACGACCUAGCACAGCCAACAGAAAGAAGGAAUCAAAACAUAAAACUGUAGAUGAACUACCUGAGUUCACAUUUGAUCAAAAGAAGGAUCUCAGUGAGCGUAUUAACAACUUGACAGGUGAUAAACUGAACACAGUGGUCGGCAUUAUUCAAAGCUCUAUGCCAAACUUGGAUGGGCAAGGACAAGAAGAGAUCGUUUUGGAUAUUGACUCACUUGACAGAAGUACUCUGCACAGGUUGCAUGAGUUUGUGACAGGAGAGAGUUUACUGAAGCAUCAUCAUAAAAAGUCAUCCUCACCGCUAACUAAAAAACAAAGAACUCAUUAUUCUGGACAAGGAGACCAUUCCUCAAGUGAAAGCGGGGAAUCAGAAAGCGAGUCUGGCUCUGACUCUGAUGAUUCUGGCAGUAGUUCAGACUGAUUAGAUGUGUAGAUACCAAAUAACAAACCAAUAAACCUUUUUUUUAAAAAAAAAAUAAAAUAAAAUAAAAGAUCAUUUCUUUCUUUAGAAAAGCUUAAAAAGAAAGAAGAGAGGGGUAAAGAAAAGAAUGGGUUUAAAAGGUUUCGUCAUCAUCAUAUUCUACAGAAGCGGCCUUGUUAUUUGCUUCCUCUUCUUCAGGUGGAACUUCGAAUCCCUC